UUUAAGGGAGGGCAGGAACUUGAAGAUAAGGCAGAGAUUUGUAGAAAUCCUGAAAAGUGUAAAAGAGGUGAUACAUAUGUGUGCCAGAAAUGGACUCUUCUUAUGGUUGGUUGGAACAAUAUGGGAACAGAUUGCAGGGUAGAAAAAUCUGGAGUCUUCGGUCAUGCUGCUCUGCUUGGUGCUGAUUCUGAGAAAAUGAUACAAGAUGGCGAUGAUUCCAUGGGUUUUGAACUGGCGAUAACAGAGAAAGGCGGACUAAAUGUGACCGUGGAUGGAAAAAAGAUUAAAGGAGAUGGACCACCUGGACCGAUGUUUCCUGGACCACCUAGGAGCACAAACCUAACCGAAAGUCGUCCUUGCCUUGCCGAAGGAGAAGACGUUGCUGAACCUUUGACAUGGAAAAUCACCGGGAAAACUCCAGCUUUCGAUCCAGGAUAUAGUCGUCUACUUGUCUUCUACCUGCUUCCACAAGUCUCUGCACGAGUUGGGAAAGUUUUCGUGCCGAAAGGACAAGAAGGACUACAUGCUUUUGGUUGCUGACGCACCAACAAUUGCCAAGCCGGACACUCCAACUCCACCGCCCGUCUCUGUCCCAGGAACAAAGCCAACACAGAAACCAACAACAACCGAAC